AUGGAAGAAUCACAAACGAAUAUUAAGCCGGACGCGGUGGUUACAGAGAGUAAAGCAGAUAUCAAAACACAGUCAACAAAUGAAAAAGUCAAAUCAGAACCAGAAAUACAUGUUAAUAAGAAAAAUAAAGAUGAAAAACAUAAGAAAAAAGAUGACAGGAGUGUAGAACAAGUUCUUAAAGCUUUGAGUAGUCUUGGAACUAGUGAAGAAAAACUAGCUGCCAUUUGUAAAAAAUAUGCUGAUAUUGUCGAUGAAAAUAGAAAAUUACAAAUACAAAUAAAACAAGGUGAAAAAAAAGCUUUGUCGAUUCAAAGAGAAAAAGAUCAAUUACAAACUGAACACAGUAAAGCAAUACUAACCAGGAGCAGACUUGAAAGUUUGUGUAGGGAAUUGCAAAAACAAAAUAAACAAAUCAAAGAGGAAAGCUUGCAAAGAAUAAGAGAAGAAGAAGAAAAGAGAAAAACAGUUUCGAAUAAAUUUCAAGCGACUCUAGGCGAAAUAACUCAUUUGAUGCAACAAAACAAUGAAAGCAAUUCGAAAUUAAGAGAUGAAAAUAUUGAAAUGCAAAAUAAAUUUAAAACAGUUUGCGAACAGUAUGAAUUGAGAGAGCAACAAGUUGAAAAAAUGUCAAAACAAAUGCAACUCGAAUCCCAAUUGGCAGAAGCUAAAUUAAUUAAACUUAAAAUUGAAAUGGUAGCAGAAAAGGAAUUGUUGGAAAAGGAAAAGAAACAAUUACUUGUAGAACUUGCUGCUUACCAACAAAAAUGCAAAGAAUUACAAAAAACUGAAGCAACAUUAAACAGUCAAAUAAAUAUGUACAAUGAAAAAUAUGAUAAAUUUCAAGAUGCUCUAUCGAAAAACAAUCAAUUAUACAGUGGAUUCAAAGGAGAAAUUAAAAAUAUGUCUAAAAAAAUAGCCAAACUAGUUAAAGAAACAUCAAUAUGGAAAAUGAGAUGGGAAAACAAUCACAAAGCACUUUUACAAAUGGGUGCUGAAAAACAACAAUUAACAAAACAAUUAAAUCAACUUCAAAAACUUUGUAGAACUUUACAAGGAGACAGAACAUGUUUGUUAAAUCAAUUAAAAACCGAAGGAAUCGAACCUAAACUUCCAGAUCGUAGUUCCGCCGAACCUACACCGCCAGAACCCGAACCGGAAGAACCCAUUGCCCAACCGGAAAUUAUCGAUGAUAUGCCAAAGGAAUCUGAUAUUUCAAUCGAAAACGGAUUAGAAGAAGAUAUAGAAAAUCUAAAAUUGAGUUUUUCAUCUGGUAAACCCGAAGAUGACGACAACGACGAUGACGUCAUCGAAAGGGAAACAAAUGAUAAUGAUGAUGGUAAUGAUUGCGUUGCGGAAAGCGAUAAUACAAUUGAAAAAAUUGAAGAAUUUGAAUUGUUAAAAAAUCAAAAUGAAAAAAAAACCGUUGUAAACAACAACAACAACAAUAAUAAUAAUAAUACUAAUAAUAAUAGUAAUAGUAAUAGUAGUAAAAAACAUAAAAAAGAAAAAUCUAAAAAAGGAAAAAAUUGUUAA